GUAUUUCGGAAACCAGUUUACACAUUAUAUGAAUAAAUCUUGUGCUGUGUAAACAUUUUGAAACCACUAUCGUCGCCACCUGCAAGAUGCCGCAACCGAGUUUCUUUGCCAAGAGCGUGCCAUUCGAGCAGAUCGACAAGCUGGCCAUAAAUGGUGGCUACUCCUCGAUUUAUGCGACAGGGGAGCCCAAUGUGCCAGUGGUUGGCAAUUGGAAGCAGCGCUUUUGUCGCCUGGCCGACACCUUUCAGCCAGUCCUGGACCGUGUGUACAACUUCGAGGUGCGCGAGGAUGAUGUAUGGAUUGUGACGCUGCCCAAGUGCGGAACUACGUGGAUGCAGGAGCUCACUUGGCUCGUAUUGAACCAAUGCGACUUCGAGACGGCCAAGAGCAUAGACCUGACCAUCCGUUCGCCAUUUUUGGAAUUCAAUGGUGUGGUCUCAAACGUGCCACACGACACCAUUGAGGCAGCCAACGAACUAAGCUCGCCCCGUCUCAUCAAAUCGCAUUUGCCAGCCUGGUUGCUGCCCCAUCAAAUCUGGACCAAGAAACCCAAAGUCAUCUAUGUUUAUCGCAACCCGAAGGAUGCGGCCGUCUCUUAUUUCCAUCACUGGCGCGGCAUGGUUGGCUAUCAGGGCAGCAAAGAGGACUGGUGUCAAUCCUUUAUCGACGGCUACGUAAACUUUACGCCCUGUUGGCCCCAUGUCCUCGACUUUUGGCAGCUGCGUCAUGAGCCACAUAUUUUCUUCACCAGCUACGAGCGUAUGAAGUCCAACUUGGGUCUAGUUAUUACCGAGGUGGCGAAGUUUCUGCAGCGUGUGGUUACCCCUGAACAAGUACUGCAAAUGGUCGAGCAUUUGUCCUUUGAGAGCAUGCGGGAAAAUCCGGCUUGCAAUCAUGUCAAGGAGUUCGAGAGCAUGAAGGCAGCAGCCGGACGUGAGGUUGAAGAGUUCAGAUUUGUACGUCGAGGAGUAGUCGGCAGCCAUAAAGAUGAGCUAACCGCUGAAGUCAUACGCGAAUUCGAUCUUUGGUCAGAUGUCAACCUACGCGAUUACAAAUUGAACAUGGAUGACUUCGCUAAUUACAGCAAGUACUAAAAGUGAUGGGUUUAAGCAAUUACACAUA